AUGCUAGACGACUUCUCUCGAAGUGGAUCUGGUAGUACUUUGCCAUCCCCGUCGGGCUCGAGUUCAGGAAGCAGUUCACCAGUUUCUAGCGAUUCAUGUUCUCUUUCUCCAGAAUCACGACAGAAAGAUUUCUGGUUCGAGGAUGGGAGCGUUAUUCUUCUAGCCGAUACUAUCGCUUUCAAAGUACAUCGUGGUCAACUCGCCCGACAUUCGGAUGUAUUCCGUGACCUAUUGUCUAUUCCUCAGCCGCAAGACGAGGCAAGUUUCGAAGGUUGCUAUAUUGUAGAACUACAUGACUCGCCGGAAGACCUCUGGUAUCUACUGAAGGCGUUAUACGACGGACUUUAUUUUCGACAGUUGUGCGCGUCUGAUUUCGGUUCACUGGCUGCUAUAUUACGACUUUCAUCAAAAUAUUUCAUUGAGCAUCUGCGAGAACGCUGCAUUAGUCGCUUAAUGAUUGACUGGCCAUGUACUCUGGCGUCCUGGGAUUCGCGAGAAGUCGAAGCGACUGAUGCACUCGGCCGCUACAGCCCGCGGUCACGAUUCGCACAUCCGAUUCUUGUCAUAAAUUUCGCUCGCGAGAUAGGCCUUUCGAGUCUCCUUCCUUCUGCAUUCUACGAUCUCUGUCGAUACGGACCGUCCAAAAUUGUUGCUGGAGUAGUACAACAUCGCAACAAUGGACCCAUCAAGGCCCGACCUGGCGCUACUAUUUCGAAUACAGCAACGACAACGCGCCUCUCACUAGAUGAUCUCCGAACAGCAUUACUCGGACGCGAACGCGCUCAGCGUAUCAUCGCAUCUUUCAUUGAAGAAGAGCUAAGUAAUCGUGAGCCUUCAUCAGAUUGCCAUAACCGUGAUUCGGCGGGCGAUAAUGGACGAAGUUGUCGGGAGUCAUUCUAUUUUAUCAUGCUUAAUCUCCUUCGUGCUGUUGGAGGGCUUUCAAGUGGACGCGAUUGUGACCCUUUAUUCUCGCUCACUCAAGCGGCUGAGAUGAUGAAUCGCUCGGACUUUUCGGAUGGGACAACAUUCUGUAGCUUGAAGCUAUGUGUAGCAUGUAGAACGGAGUUCGCGCAAUCGGUGAAGGCUGCACGUGAACGUGUCUGGUUACAAAUUCCUUCAUGGUUUGGAAUGGCAGACUUUACUGGAGCAUCUGCAAAACCGUCAACUCCAUAG